AUGACCAGUCAGUCAGUCAGUCGGUCAGUCAUUCAGUGCAUGUGCGUCUGUGAGGUGCCUGUGGAUGCACGUGACUGUGUGAUGUAUAAAAAAGUGAAGCGCAUCAGUCUUCAGUUUUCUUUACUUACCGCUUGCACUUUCCUCUUCCAUGCUGAUAUGCUGGUUAGUGGUCACUUUGGUAUUAUCAGGGCGUUCGAGGCAGACAGGAACUACGCCGCUUCAAUCAAACUUGCGGAAUGUUCCAAGCCGAAUGUUGCAGACCGGAAGUGGAUGAAAAAACAAUUUGCAACACCAUCAAAAAAUAACAUGUGCAACAAUAUUAUCAACGACAUCAGCAAAAACGUCAACAUCAACAGCAACAUCAACAGCAACAUCAACAGCAACAUCAACGUCAACAUCAACAAUGGCUACGACUUCCGUUACGUCACUCUCCACGUUUUGAGGAAGUUGCUUUUCAAGUUUUCAUUUCAGAAGACAAGCUCUAUAAAAACUUAG